AUUGAGAGCCUUUGGCCCCAGAAGUACUGCGCUCGCGCCCUGGGACGCGCGGGGCUAGAGAGUGGAAGGCCGCCCGGGGCGGGGCGGGGCGGGGCGACCGGCCGCGGCGCUGGAGGGAAGGAGCCGAGGCGCCGCGCUGGUUUUUGACCAGCUGCCCGAACUCCCCUCCCAGCCAAGCAUCCCUCCUCCUCCCUGUUCUCUUCAUCCCACAGCCUCAGUUGUCUCAGGCAUUUUAACAAAAAUGGAAGAGGAUACAGAUUACAGAAUCAGGUUCAGUUCUUUGUGUUUCAUUAAUGAUCAUGUUGGAUUUCAGGGCACUGUGAAAACCUCACCAAAUGACUUUGUUGUCAUUGAGAUUGAUGAACAGGGUCAGCUAGUUAAUAGGGCCAUUGAUGAGACUGUUUAUAAGGUCAGUGAAAUACAACCUGAGCCAAAUAAUUUUGCCAAAAAGCAAAAACUAAAUCUUCAAAAUGUUAUCUUUCAACCUGAAAGUAAUCAAGAAGUUAAUCCUUUGACAGAGUUCUUUGAAGGUGACCAAAAUCAUCGGUCUUGCUCAGAAAAACAAGAUACUGUCAAUGGGGCAACUGCUAAAUGUGAAGAAGAAAACAUUGAUUUAUUAAGCUCCCUUUUAGGUGAAAAAACAAGUGAGUUACUGAACCAGUUUGCAUGUGAUGUGAAAGGGAAGUGGAAUUCAAAAACUGACACAUUUGAAUCAUCUCCUGAAUUCUCUUUAGGCAGAAUCCUUGACAGAAACCAGAGGGCUAUUUUACAUAGUGCUGUCAGGCAAACAUUUCCUUUUUUAAUAACUGUAGGAAAAAACAGUGAAAUUGUUGUAAGACCAAAUCUUGAGUAUAAAGAACUCUGCCAUUUGGUGUCUGAAGAAGAGGCACUUGACUUUUUUAAAUAUUUAGAUGCCAAGAAAGAAAAUUCCAGGUUUACCUUUAAACCCGAUAGAAGCAAAGACCACAGAAAAGCUGUCCACCAUUUUCUCAACAAGAAGUUUGGAAACCUUGUGGAAACCAAAUCUUUUCCUGAACAGAAUUACAGUGUUGGUAAUCCAAAUGUGAUAACAGUAAGAUUUCGGGAAAAAGCACAUAAACAUGGAAAACGGCAUUUUGGUUGCCAGGAAAAACAAAUUGUAUAUACAGCUUUUACCCUACGAAAGGAAAAUCUGGAGAUGUUUGAAGCAAUUAGUUUUCUAGCCAUCAAACUGGGUGUUAUUCCUUCAGAUUUUAGUUAUGCAGGCCUUAAAGACAAAAAAGCCAUCACCUAUCAAGCAAUGGUGGUCAGAAAGGUGACUCCAGAGAGGUUAAAAGAUAUUGAAAAAGAAAUUGAAAAGAAAAGAAUGAAUGUGUUUAAUAUUCGAUCUGUGAGUGAUUCUCUUAGACUUGGUCAGCUCAGAGGAAAUCACUUUGAUAUUGUCAUCAGAAAUUUAAAAAAUCAAAUACAUGAUUCUGCAAACCUGAGAGAAAGAAUUGUGGAGGCAAUCGAAAGUGUUAAGAAUAAAGGUUUUGUGAAUUACUAUGGACCACAGAGAUUUGGGAAGGGAAGGAAAGUGCAGACAGACCAAAUUGGAUUGGCUUUACUGAAGAGUGAAAUGGUGAAUGCCAUAAAAUUAUUUCUUACACCAGAAGAUACAGAUGAUCCUGUAAAUAAAGCAAAGAGAUAUUUUCUUCAGACUGAGGAUGCUAAAGGCACACUUUCCCUGAUGCCAGAGUUCAAAGUUCGAGAGAGAGCACUGUUGGAGUCAUUGCAUCGCUUUGGCCUGACAGAGGAAGGCUGUAUCCAGGGAUGGUUCUCCUUUCCUCACUCCAUGCGUAUAUUCUACAUUCAUGCAUACAGCAGCAAGGUUUGGAAUGAAGCAGCAUCUUACAGACUUGCCACAUAUGGAUGCAGAGUAGUGGAAGGGGAUCUGGUCUGUGUGGAUGAAGAUGUUGGUGAACAUUUUCCAGGGAGUAAAGUUCAUGUGGUAACUAAAGAAGAGGAAUCAGCUAACAAGUACACAAUACACCAGGUGGUUUUGCCAGUCCUUGGAUACAAUAUUCAGUACCCGAAGAACAAAGUAGGACAGUGGUACCGUGACAUUCUUAGCAGAGAUGGACUACAGGCAUGUAGGUUUAAAAUACCUACUCUGAAACUGAAUGUACCAGGAUGCUACAGACAGAUUGUGAAGCAUCCCCAACAUAUCUCAUACCAGCUAGCACAUCACAAUGCUGAAGGUGAUGUGGACGGUUCCCACACUAGUGAAGCCCCCUCCUCUCUUUUGAUCUCUUUUGAUCUUGAUGCUUCAUGUUAUGCUACAGUGUGUCUGAGAGAGAUGAUGAAGCAUUUCUAACACAGUUGCAUGUAUGUGCCACUGGGGGGAGGUGAGGAAGCUCACAUUUCUCUAGCAUCUACUUCAGCUUCAUUACUAUCUCCUUUAAUUUUUCACAGCAUCCUGAAAAGUUGGAAUUUGAUUUUUUGUUGUUGUUGUCGUUUUAUUUUUUCGAGUUAGGGUCUCACACUAGUCCAGGCUGACCUGGAAUGCACUCUGUCGCCUCAGGGUGGCCUUGAACUCACACCAAUCCUCCUACCUGUGCCUCCCGAGUGCUGGGAUUAGAGGCGUGUGCCACCAUGCCCUUGAUUUUUUUUUUUUAUUUGAAGUUCCAAGGAUCAUAUAGCAGUAAGUGUCAGGAUCUUAGUUCCAAAGUCUAUAUUUUUUAUGUUAUAUCAUGCUUCUAUGACCUUUAUUCAUUCUAAACAUAAAAGUACCAGUCUUUUUAUAUAGAGGUAUACUUUGAGGAAUAUUAAAGUGAAAAAUUUUCAUGCAAGUGUUAUACCUUGACUCCUAACUUUUGUGUUUUCUAUUAUCUAAAAUUCACAUUUUAUCCUCAGGUAGCUCUGUACUCAUAUUCCAUAUCUGAUACAUCCUAGUGAUGUUGGAUAUGGUUUUGCUUCUUUUUGAAAAUUAAGACAGUAUCACCUUUAUAAAUUACCACAGGAUUAACUCAGUCUUUUAUGUUGCUAGAAAAGGACUUUUUAUUUUUCUCAUCUCAGACUCCUAAUGUUGCUAAUUAAACUGUUCCACAUCAUAAA